UGACCUUCCUUCUGCUAGUCGCGAUGUGAUGCGUCAGAUGAUCACUUAUGGGUGUGAACAUACAUAUGUAUGUGUUUCAGCGAAGAUUUCUUGAUUUGUAUUUGUUUUUGUUUUCAUUUCAAUCCAAAAGGUCGAAGAGGAAGUAAAAGUAGAGCGACAAGUGAAUCAUAGGUGAAUGCAUAAUUUUAAAUGAAUUAGCGAGUUUUUUCUUAUUGUCCAUAUACGCAACAUUUCCGGAUAUGAAUUAGACUAAGACUGGUGGAUGACAAAAUCUUUAGUACUUAAUCUUUAACCGUAGAUUGGGGUUGGCUAAAUUAUCGUCAGACAGCAGAACCUGCCCCAAGCAUUGAAGUAAUUUGUGAUAACACGAAAAUAAAAUGAUGAUAAGAUAUUACAUCGCUUCUAAAAAUGUGAAUGACGUAAUAUUCCAAAUUGGUUCCUUAAACUCCCCUAAAGAAGCGCUCGAAGUUUUGUACCUUUUUUGAUAGAAAAGAAUGAUUCUUCCAAGUAUAAUCCACUUAUUCUGGUCGCCCCUGCAUUUCUAUGUAAUAGAAAACUGUUGAGUCUUUAAUAACGGCAUAUUCCAUUGCAGCCCUCGGUCGAAUCCAGCUAAUUAUGUGGAGUUCCUUUGUGUUGCCUAUAAGUACACCGUAGUCUUUCGGAGCUAUAAUUUGAUGACGAGCCAAGUUCAGACAUUUGCCAUUGUUUGUUGGAAUAUUAUCUUUCGCCAUAAUUUAUGAGUCAGUAAUUUGCCUAUUGGAUAUACACACUUACAGAUAAUUGUCUAAUAUGAUGUACAGUUAACUAGUGGUACUUAUUUUGCCAGCAGAUCCCUUCCUUACGUCGUGAACAUUUAAGUUGGAGUAUGUACCAAUAAAAACCGUUCACUAUUGUUGUUGGAGGCUCCACUGUUAUUAGAUAAAUUGGGAACCCUCGAAGCUUUGUCAUCUCUGUCAUUAUUGGAAGUUGCUAAAUCAUCGCAAGCGAGCAUUCGGGAUGGCAAACGUUUGAAUAUUAUUUACUUGCGAGAAACUUAAAAUUCAGUAUUCCAACAAGGUUCUUGAACUGCAGUACUAAAAAAUAGCUAAUCUAACUAAGCAUCGAAAUGUUAGCAUUCUCAAAACUUGUGCAAUCACUGGCGUUCAUAAAUUUCCUCUCGUGGGCGCUCGCGUUCACUGUUCAACAGGAAGGAGAAUAUGACCGCAAUCAAAGGCUCAUCGAAUUCCUUUUGGCACUAAAUCAUAGACAUCGUUACCAAACUGUCUUGCUGGAAAACUGCGCAGCAAACUCUUUCACCAAGGACAUUUGGGUAAAAAUGGAAACCCCGAUGUUACAACUACGAGCCGCAAUUCAGUACCCACAGGAAUUGAGAAUGCUCUUCAACCACAAUUUGCUCGUCAUGGUAUGUUUGGAGCGCAACGUUGACUCAUUCAGUAUAAUCAGUGGACUUGCGAGGCAGUUGCAGUACAUGCGUGAUGCACAUGUAAUUCUAUUGGCGGAAACUGACUCAGAGGUACACCAAGAACAAGACGUUGAAAAACUCUUUCGGCAUUGCCAGAUGCUGCAAAUUUUAAACGUCAUCGCACUUUUUGGUGAUUUUAUGAGUACCCAUUUGGUAUUCAUGUUCGAUACUUUUCCCACUUUCAAGCUGAAGGCCAUUCCAUUCAUACCGCUUACGAACUAUUUCCCCGACAAAACCCGCCAACUCCACGGUCAUCCAAUCUAUACAGAGCCCGAUCAGAACCAACCGAGAUCGUUUCUGUAUCGCGACGUCAGAGGCGCACUGAAAAUGUCCGGUUACAUAGGCAAACUGGUGCAGGCUUUUGAACAACAUUUAAAUGCCACCGUGCGUUUUCCGCGCCCCAUUAACAUCAACGAAACUACAUAUCAAAGAGAUCAGCACAACAGCACGCGGUCGGGCGUCAUCGACUUUGCAACCAGUUUGGGUUCUUACAGAUUCUUCACAGCCGUUGAGGAGUUCACAUAUCCUUUCGAAUUCGCCAAGUGGCUGAUGAUGCUGCCGGUAGAGCGCGACCUCGAAGUGAACGAAAUGUUCGUGUACAUCUUUCAAUCCGAGUUAUUCUUGUUUAUUAUUUUGAUAGGCGUUGUAUUGGGAUUUUUCUUAAAUGUAUUUGAAUAUUUCCAAAUUCGACCGCACAGUUCGAGUAGAAGAUUUUGGGGUGCGCUCUGCUGUCCUGGACAAAUCUUUCGUGGCAUUUUAGGUCAAACAUUUCCAAUGUCUCCGCACAACAAUUGGCGAAUGAGCUUUGUUUAUUUUACAAUAUUCCUUGUGGGACUCAUCACCAAUUGCCUGUUCGCAGUGUAUUUGAAGACAUUUCUUACCCAACCGCCUGCUAAGUCGCGUAUUAGCAACUUCGAGGACCUCAUAAAAUCGGACAUUCGUUGUCUUGUUAAUGAGAAAGAGGUCCCAAUUGUCAUAAAUCUUAUUGGCGCUGCUGCCUGGUCACGUUACAAAGACGGAUUUGAGAUAAUAUCGUCUUGGUCAAAGUUUUUGUCACUUCGUUUGUCUCUAAACACAACCUACGGUUAUACUGUCACCACUUCAUUGUGGUCCAUCAUCCAGUUGAAACAAUCGCUCAGACGUCGGAAAAUCUUUCGGCUCGCCACCGAAUUCAUAUUGGACGACUGGCUCAUCCUAGGUAUGCCUAUUAACGAGAACUCGAUAUACAAACCGGCGUUAAAUCGGUUUAUUGCGUUGGUCAAUGAAGCGGGACUUAUCAACCAUUGGCAAGUUAUGACCUAUUACGACAUGAUAGCGAUUGGUGCCAUAAAUUUGGAUUAUAACGUGGAUGACUCACGGCAGUACAACAUACUGGUUCCCAGCGAUUUUUACUGGAUGGCCUGGAUGUUUGGUGUGAGUUAUAGCCUUAGUAUCGCAAUAUUUGUACUCGAAUUAUUUAUCCACAAGUUUUGUAUGUAAACAUUAAAUUACGAAAUUAUUGAACUACGCCUAAAAUAACCGUUAAUAUGCCUGUUAAAAUAGGCACAAAUCGAAAUGCUUCGAGACAAAAUAUUUGUGGAAAGCACUUAAGGAGGCUGUAAAGAAAGGUUCUGAUAAAGAUGGUACUAUGAAAUUUUAGUAGUUAUUUUUUUGAAGAAAUGUUGUGUUAAUUCGAGGAUUUUCUAAGGCAAAUGCAUAUGAAAAAUUCUCGAGAAUGACAC